CAUCUUAAACUCACCAUGGAGCAAGGCUUCAGUUUCAGCACACUGAAAAAGCUAGCAGCUGAGCCGGACCACACCGAUGUCACUCUGCCAGCAGCCGAACGUGUCAGAGCCUUAAGCAAAAUGGGUUACAACAUUGAGAUCAACGAAGACAUUGCGCCGAGGCGCUACUUCCGCUCUGGCGUGGAGAUGGAGCGCAUGGCUGCGGUGUACCUGGAGGAAGGCAGUCUGGAGAACGCCUUCGUUCUCUACAACAAGUUUAUCACUUUAUUUGUAGAGAAGCUCCCCACUCAUCGAGACUACCAGCAGUGCAAUGUCCCAGAGAAACAGGUGAUAAUGAAGAAACUGCAAGAGGUGGCUUUUCCACGAAAGGAUCAAUUGAAGAAACUCCUCCAUGAAAAAUACAGUAAGGAACACAGCGAAUAUCUUAAGAGCCAGAGCCAGGCCGUGCCAGUGGAGGUCUGUGGUGAAAGACUGCAGAAACUCUCUCUGUUGGAGGAGGAGAGGCAGCGCGUGGCUCAGCUGCGGAAAAUGCAAAUAGAGUCCGAGCAGUUCCGUUACUUUGAAGACCAGCUGCGCAGACAAGAGCAGGCCAAUCAAAAACAAGAAGCUGUUCCGAAAGUGCCUGAACAAACUGACGGGUCCUGCCUAUCUCAAGCCCCCAAAAACCAUUUACGCAACGAUCCCAACCGCAACAAACCGCCCGUUCCAGUCACCAAGCCAGCAGCCACCUUAGCAGCUGUACAAAAUCAGCGAGUAGAAGGCUUAAGGCGUGUUAUCAUUCCUCGAGACCUGACCUACAGGUUCCUGCUUUUGGCCGACAGCAACACAGCCAGAGGCAUUGAGACCUGUGGAGUUCUCUGUGGAAAACUGACCCACAACGAGUUUGUACUUACCCACGUGAUUGUCCCUAAACAGUCGGCUGGCCCUGACUACUGUGAUAUGGAGAAUGUAGAGGAGCUCUUCAGUUUUCAGGAUCACCAUAACCUUCUGACCUUGGGCUGGAUCCAUACACACCCCACACAGACUGCCUUCCUCUCCAGUGUGGACCUUCACACACACAGCUCCUAUCAGCUCAUGCUGCCGGAGGCCAUUGCAAUCGUCUGCUCACCCAAACACAAUGACACAGGGGUGUUCAGACUCACCAGCUCUGGAAUGGGGGAGGUGGCAGGUUGCAGAAUGAAGGGCUUUCAUCCCCACUCAAAAGACCCUCCUCUUUUCACCAUCUGCAAACAUGUUAUGGUGAGGGACUCAAAAACUAUCGUGCUGGACCUCAGGUGACAGAGAAAAGGGAAGCACUUCAA